CUUCUGAAUUAAUCAAUUGGGAAAGGAGCAGUGCUUAGUGAGACCCAGAAACUUGAGCGCCUAAAAAUUGUUUCCCUUCGCUGCAACUCGCAAUUGCAGACGAGACAAGAGAAAAUGAAGGUGGCUCCGAAGAUCAUAUUCUUAUUUAGAGACCCCGAGGGAUUUGGGACAGCCAUUGCAGAGAGUCUUAACCCUAAUCCUAACUCCACUCUUCGCAGACAAGAUGAAUCUUUCGAGCUCUCGUUGGAGCACUACGGUAUUAAAGAUCACAAAGCGAGCGGCAACAUUCUUCAUUUUAUCGAUGAUGAUGACAUUUAUCGGGUUUCAGUGUUUCUUCUACAAAGUUACAAGCCUCCAAUAUUAGUGUGUGCUGUCAAUGAAGUUUUAGCAAAACUUGCUGGAGAAAUACCAUCAACUAUGCCCACAGUUCUAGCUCCUUUUAUUGUGGAAUCAUCAAAGCUUAAGUGUGAAAACAGAUCUUUGACAACAAAUAGCAGUUCUCUUUAUGGUAUACAAAUAGGUCCUGAAAGAGACAUAACUAUGGCCAUGACUACCAAAAUCCAGAAGCCACCAUCAUCAUUGCAAAUUUAUUCGGAGCCUCUGUCCUGCUUUCUUCAGCUGGUUCACAUAUUGAAGCUGCCAACUGUUGUUCUUAUUGGGCAACAUAGUCAAAGUCUCUCCAAUAAAGCUCUCCAGGAAGAACUUCAGGUACUCUAUAAAAUAGGGGAGCUUCUGGCAAGCUCCACGGGCUUGCACUUUUCAAAGGAAAAAGUCAUUUGGAAUCCAAUAAAGACAUCGAAGGAUGAUGAGGCCCCAUGGCGUGCGCUAUAUGGUUGAGUUUAUGGUGUUUUCUUUAGCACCAAAGCUGAGGGUGACUUCUCAUUUGACCAAAGCUUGCUGGGAGAACUUGUGCCCAUUUUUUUUUCUGUGUCAGGUUUGCUAGAAAGACAGUGCUUCAAAUGGGGACACUCUACCAAAUGGUCUGGGUUUAGGUGUACCAUUGACAUAUGUGUUUAUGAAUUGUUUACCUUCAGCAAUUUGUUUGUUGGGUCGGGAGUGAUUGGAUUAUCAAGCUAGAGCUUUCUUGCACGAGCACAUGGUUACACCGAUAGAUAAGAUAGUGAUGCUGCUACCAUGCCCUCUACUUUCACGAGGCAUGCAAGAGUCCUCUCCCGUAGGUGUCACAACAUCUAGCGACUCGAAUUGUUUUUGGGUUCUUGUACUCAGACAGGUAUUUAGAAAAUGAUAUUGAUUUUGCGAUUGAUGGUAA